AUGGCUAGAUCGAAAUCGAUGCUUGUGGCGCCGAGACCACCAGAAUUACCCCUUCCGCCUCUUCCUUCGCCGAGCAAAAGCCAGGUGCCAUCUUCAAUGGGCCAGGAUGCUGAUUUGGAUGAGCAUUUCCAGACUCGAGCUCGCAAGAUGCCUGCGAAGUUAGAUUUGCAAGAGGACGAUGAAUCUCCGCGUAAACGGAAGAAGCCGGGGCCCAAGCCCAAAAAGAAGGACGUCAAAGAGACGAGCAGGGCCAAAACCACCAGAUCUGCUAAAGAGACGAAAAUUACCAAGCACAGUAAACCUGUUAAAGACCCGAACCCAGAAGGAGAACCUGUACUCACGGAGGAUGAAAAGGCUCCCUCUGUGCACGAAAAUUGGUCGCGGAUGCCACGAUACCGCAGGACGGGUCUUUCCACUUGGACCCCCGAAGAAGAUGAACUACUUGUGCACUAUAAAGAAGAGCUCAACUUCUCGUGGAAGUACAUUGCGCGUUUGAUUGGAAAAACGCACUCGUGGCAGGCUGUGCAGAUGCGGUAUCUGCGUACCCACAAACCCAGGAAUGAGGUUUGGACUCCGGCUGACGAAGCACGGCUUGUUUAUAUGAUUAAGCGUGACUGGGACACGCGGUGGAAGCGGAUCAGCUCGGAUUUGGGACCCGCUUUUAACUUCGAGAGGUGUCGAGACAAGGCACGCGAAUUGUGCAACGAUAUGGAUUCUGAGAGACAGGCGAGUUUGUUUCAGAGCGAUAGCGACAAAAAACUGAUGUUGGUUUAUAUGGGGCUAGAUUCAAUAUCGUAUGAGAGUGAUGAGGAGAGUGGGGAGGGGGAGAACGGAGAAGAGGAAGAUUGCGAGACUGAUCACGAAAAUAUCAGCAAGACUGAAGCGAACAAUGACGAGAGUACUACUAAGGUGGAGAAGCAAAACGAAGAAAUUAUUGAGGGAAAGGACAAGAUCAUAAAGACAACUGUGAAGACUACCGAUUGA